CAAAAUACAAAUAUGUUCCAUACUCGACCUCAUUUACCCACCUAUCCUCAAAAUCGCGCUCAUAAUAAAGGAGGGAGUGAAACUAGAAAGGCAAUUGAUCAUUAUAGUUAUGCAAUCAACGAUGAAAUUGGCAGAGGCUUCAGCAGUCGCGUUUACAAAGGAAGAGAUGAAAACACCCUUGAGCCCGUAGCCGUUAAAGUUAUCGACAUGAAGAUGGUUAAAUAAUCAAUUCAUGCACAACUGCUAAAAAAUGAAAUAAAUGCUUUGAAGGCAUUCAAUAGUAAAAAUAUAAUGAAACUUUGCGAUGUCUUUUAAACAUAGAAUAAUACUUACAUCAUAACUGAGUUUUGUGAUUCGGGAGAUCUCAACAACUAUAUCAAGAAGAAGGGCAGAAUUGAUGAAAGCGAAGCAAUCCGAAUCCUGCAAUCAGUCGUGAGUGCUGUCAAUGAAAUGAAUCAGAAGGGCUACAUUCAUAGAGACAUCAAGCCAGCAAACAUUCUUAUUGAUAAGAAUCUUCCAAAAUUAGCUGACUUUGGUUUUGCUGUGCCUGCUCAUGAAGCUCGAUUGUAAGGGAAGAAUUUCAAUGUAGGAACUCCCCUUUACAUGUCUCCACAAGCAUUGAGACAACAAGGCCACACUGAAAAAGGAGAUGUUUGGGCUAUCGGAGUUGUGUUCUUUGAAAUGUUGUAUGGUAGAACACCGUACAAUGCCUCCUCAGAAGCUGCCUUGAUAUCCAAUAUCAUGCAUCAGUCUUUGGUGAUUCCUUCUUCUCCCCCUGUGUCAGAUAGGGCCAAGGACUUCAUCAGAAAAUGUCUCUCCGUAGACGAGAACAAACGAUUAAGAGUCAAAGAGAUGGCUCAUCACGAAAUAAUCGAAUAGAGAGCCUUAACGCCUGUUGAAAGGGCUCCACCUAGGAAACCCUUUGAAGAGAUUACGAAUCUGAACAUCCCAACAGAGCCCUCAUAAAUUUAAAAGUUUAAGCGCUCUCAAAGUCAAGGAGUCAAAGAGGUUCCAAUCAAGGAAUACAAGACUCAAUUAAUUGAAGAGAAGAAGAAGCAACACGAAGCCAAACAGAAGAAAUUAUAAGAGCAGAUUUAGAGGUCAUCUAGUUAAUAGCAGGCACUUCAACCACAAAAAAUUACUAAGACUAGUGCUUUUGAAGAAUAAGCACUUCCAGUUUAGAAAUAAAAAUCUAUUAGUUUGGAAUUCAAAUCUAAUAAUGAAGUUCUAUUUAGUUAAAUCAAUUUUUGUAGAUUCUUAUACAAAUUCUCAUAAAAUCUCGCAAGUUGCAAAGGAAUUUCAACGGAAAUCAGAGACAAACUGUUAUUUUUGAUGGGUAAGAAUAUAGCCUUAAAAAUAAACAAAUUGGCAACAAUUUUGGAUAAGGAAAACAAAUAGGUUAACAUCUUUUAGUUAGAUGAUUAUGAAGGAUACAAGAAGAGCGAAUCUCAUGGCAAAUUUAGUUAAGCAAUCUCUGAAUAUAAUGACAAAUACAUGAGACAUUUCGAAAAGGUGUUGAAACUUGCAUCUAAGAAUGAAUUCUAAAAAGAUUAAUUGAUUGGAUGCCUUUGUAAUAAUGACAUUACAGAGAAUGAAUCUUUCUAUAAGAUUGCAUUACAAUACUUAAAAUAAAGUAUUACUGAAAUUAAACAAAAUUUUAAGUCUGUCUCAGGUCAAAAAGAGUAAUUAUUGCCUGAAGAAGUAAACAAUUCACCUUAAUCUUAGUUGUAAAUGCCUUCAUUCAUUCUUUUCGGUCUGCAUGGAUAUUCAUAAUUGAUUUCGAAAACGAUGGAAAAUUGGUCAGAUUAUAAAUUGUUUUAAAAAGCAUCAUCCCCUGAAUUACUGAUAGAAAGGAAACCAGGAUAAAUGAAUUAUGGAUAAUUGGAACAACUACUUUGA